AUGGAGGAAAAGGCCAACAUGGGCGAGUUCAAGAAGAUCGCGACGGCCUGCAUGACGAAGCAGGAUUUUCAACACGAAUACUUGGCUUUCCUCUGGCGCCAUGCCGAACUGGACGCUCUCGAACAGGCCCAAUCAACGCCCUCCUCCCCUGACAUGCCACGACCGGCUCCAACCGGAAAACCGUAUGCUCCUUUUCAAAGAGAGCAGUUCAAGGUGGAAAUUUAUAUUGGCAAGCCGGGCGAUCAGUCGUCUUUUGCUUGCGACACCGUGAGGGACCAGGAGGCGGCGGAUGAUUCGGACAAGUUGCCGAGCCAGAUGGACUGGAGCGCCAUCAAAUCUCGGGCGAUCGCGCGAACCAAGGGACCAAAGCGAAAGCGCGAUGGGAACUGGUGGUUGAUAUCGCGUCUGUGGGACGCAAGCGAGGCCGGAGGUCUGGCCCGGAACUGA